GAAAUCUUAAUCUCGAACCUUACAACACCUAGUUACAUCAAACCGAAGUCUCUUUGCACUAAGCUACACAUUACACUAUACCGACCACCACAAUGUCGAGUUUCCUGCACAAAGCUGAAGACGCCCUGCACCUGCACCACAAGAAACACCCCUCCCAGGACAACCACCACGCCCAAGUACCCGAGCAGCCACAGCAGCAACACCCCCACGACCACCAACAAGAACCCCACGACCCGAGGGCCCCUGCACCGCCAGCCGUAGCCCACGAAGGCACCCACCACGACCACCACGGCAAACGCGACUCCCACCACCCCAGCCCCGCCGAGAUCGCCCGCGCGGACUUCAUGGCCGACCGGCAGUACGACCGGAUCCUGAAGUCGCCCGACCACGGCGCGGGGAUCGGGUUUGAGAUGUGAGGAACCGGGGAGAGAAGAGAUAGAGAGGGUGUCA